AUGGAUGAUCAGAAAUCUAUUGACGAGGAACAAAAAGAAAACGAUACAGGCUAUUAUACUCCAAAAAACAUCUUGAACCCAGCCAUGUUUAGGUUGUCCGAAAUAACCAAAGCACUACACGAAGUGAACAACGAAAUCGAGAAGGAUAAUGCAGAACGAAUGUACAUAUUGAAUAAUGUAGAGCACGAUCAUUUUCACGAUGACAUUGCCCCUCAGCCACUUUCACCAAUCCCUCAACCCAUAAAGGAAUCUAGUAACUUUGACGAUCUGGAUAAAAUUUUGUUCUUCCUUCUUUUACUUUUCAUUGGCAUAUUUCUUCUCAUUCUUGUUUUAUCCUGGUCAUAA